UUCAAUUUCAUUCUUAACUCCAAAGCUAACCGUUACAAAGUUGUUGUCUAUUACUUGUGUGUGUGUGUGAGAAAGAGAGAAACAAAAAGAUCAGCAAGAACAUCCCAAGAAAGAUGAAACCCAACUCAUGUUCAAUCUUUAUCAAGCUUUUGGUACUGCAAUAUCUAUCAGUUCUUUGUGUUUCACAAGAUUUUGAUUUCUUCUACUUCGUUCAGCAGUGGCCUGGAGCUUAUUGUGAUACGAAACAACAUAGUUGUUGCUACCCCAAGACAGGAAAGCCUGCAGCCGAUUUUGGCAUCCAUGGACUUUGGCCUAACUACAAGGACGGGGGCUACCCUUCCAAUUGUGAUCCCGAUAGUCGUUUCGACAAAUCUGAGAUUUCAGACCUGAUUGGCGCCCUGGAAAAGGAAUGGCCGACCCUUUCCUGUCCUAGCAACGAUGGAACCAAGUUCUGGACACAUGAAUGGGUAAAACAUGGGACAUGCUCAGAUUCUGAGCUUGACCAACGUGAGUACUUCCAAGCAGCUCUCAAAUUGAAACAGAAGGCUAACCUCCUCCAAGCCCUGACAAAUGCAGGAAUCAAACCAAACGAUAAAUUCUAUGAAUUGCAGGACAUCGAGGAUGCUAUAAAAGAAGCUGUUGGCUUUACUCCUGGCAUAGAAUGCAACACUGAUUCAUCCCGGAACAGCCAGCUUUAUCAGAUUUACUUGUGUGUGGACACUUCAGGGUCAGAUUUCAUCAAAUGCCCUUUACUACCAAGGUCUAGAUGUGGUUCAAGCAUCCAGUUUCCCAAGUUUUAGUCUUAUCAAUCCCAUUUUUCUUUAACUAAUUUAUUCAGCAAUUUAUUUCCAUCCAGCUUGUUGGCAAUAAAAGGGUAGUGCCCAAUUGUGGAAAGGUUUUUUUUUUCAGGUUAAUUAGCAUAAUUUUUAACUGGGAAAUACAAAAGAAAACUGUUGUCUUCUUCUUCA